AUGACGGAGCUGUUCGACACGGCCGUGACCAGCCUCCUCCACCUGCCGGAGGUGCUGGACCGCCUCGCCGCGGCGGACGGCGACCGGUGCUCGGGCGGCCACCACGCGGCGCACCAGCACGGGCACGCCCGCGUCCAUGGGCUCGGCGGCGGCGGUUACGGCGGCGGCGCGCCGGUGGACAUCGUGGAGACCCCCGGUGACUACGCGUUCGUGGUCGACGUGCCCGGCCUCUCCAAGUCCGACAUCCAGGUGACGCUGGAGGAGGACCGGGUGCUUGUGAUGAAGGGUGGCAGCGGGAAGCGGAAGCGCGAGGAAGAGGAGGAAGGCGAGGGGUGCCGGUACAUCCGGCUGGAGCGCGGCGCGGCACCGCGGUCGUUCGCGCGCAAGUUCCGGCUGCCGGAGGACGCGGACACGGGCGGCGUCGCGGCGCGCUGCGAGAACGGCGUGCUCACCGUCACUGUGAAGAAGCUGCCGCCGCCGGAGAAGAAGACCAAGUCCGUGCAGGUCGCCAUCGCCUAG